AAUCCAAACAAAUGUUGCAUGAUAUUUAAAAGUCAAACAUUUUAUCUAAAUUAAAUAGCACGUGUGUUUAUACAAGCCGUAUAUUUCUUGCCAAGGGCGGAUUCUUGUUCUCUUAUCUGAAAAGUCAAUAUUAUAUCAACAUUGCAAAAUGCCUUUGAACGUGUUUCCUGCAAUUACAUAACGAAGACAAAACUUCUUCUUUACAACAAACAAGCUCACAGUGAGACGCAAAACGGGAAGGAAAACUGAUUAAAAGUAAAACAAGACCGAAACUAUGAACACCACGGACAACUACAACGCAACCAGUGGCAAAGGAUCCACCAUCGGAAUCGUCAUCCUGACCACGGCAUUCACCCUCGGUCUCCCUGGCAACCUGUUUGUGAUCUGGACCGUGCUCUUCAGACUGAGGGAAAGAUCCGUCACUUCCAUCCUGAUCCUAAACCUGGCAGCUGCAGACGCGGUCGUCCUCCUCACAGCCCCGUUCUUCAUUCUCUACCUUACGGUCCUCAAAUGGGAAUUCGGGAAGGCUUCCUGCAAGAUAAUGCACUACAUCUGCAGCGUCAAUAUGUACGCCAGCAUCUUCAUCAUUGCGUUCAUGAGCCUUGAUCGCCUGUUAGGAGUUUCCAAGCCCUUUCUGUCCCAGAAGGUCCGAACGAAGCCUAAAGUCCGCAGGGUAGCCCUGGCGCUCUGGGUAUCAGCUUUCCUGUUCUCCAUACCCAUGCUUUUCUACCGGAGCGAGGUCACCAUCGAGGGAAGACAGUGUUGCAUCUCGGUGUACGUGAGCAGCAGAGACCAAGUGUUCCAGUACCUGCUGGAAACAUUAGCCUCCUUCGUGAUCCCUUUCACAGUCAUGGCCAUCAGUUACUGCCGCAUCAGUCUGAGGCUCAGAAAGGGGAAGUUUAAACGCAGCUCCAGGCGAAAGUCUAGCAGGCUGAUCGUUUUAGUGGUGGUCAGCUUUGCUGUGUUUUGGAUGCCAUAUAACAUUGUUAAUAUUCUCCAUGUCAGCGGAAUUCUGGCUGGUUCGCAGGCGCUGCUGAAAUUUGUUGCAGGCGUAAGGCCAAAUUUGACCGCGUUCGCAUUCCUCAGUAGCAGCGUGAAUCCCAUCCUCUAUGCUUUUGCCGGGAGCGCCUUCAUCAGGACUUCGGGGUUAAACUUUGUGGCUAAGCUUCUAGAAGGGACUUCCUCAGAGGUGAGUAGCUUGAAGAAAUCUGGGAGGACCGUCUGGGUGAAAGAGGAUGAGAAGAAAAGCAGGAAGGAUUGCGUGGGAUUGAAGCAGGGCACAAACACUGUACAAACUGGAGAAGACAUGCCGAAACAAUGUCAGGAGGCAAACACAGAAGCACCAAACAACUGAGCUUAAAUAUACAGCUCUAUUCAAACAGCGCCUUCAUAACCUGUCAUAGAAACAGGGUUAUUCACCCUCAAUCUUUGGUAUUUCAUGACAGAACAGUGCCAUGCUGUAAUAUACUGUAUAUUUCCAGUAAAGGGUGUUAUACAAACAAUUUGAUCCUUGUCUCAAUUAAUUAAAAGAAAGAAAGACUACAAAUUUCUAAAAAAAAGAACAGGAAAACAAAGCAUUUAAAUUUGCUACAAAAGAAAAGUGGCUAAAAGUUUAUUUGUGUAUUUAGAGUUUAGAGUUUAUUUGUGUAUUUUAUAGAAAUAAAGGAAGACUUGUUUUUUGUAUAGAAAGAUCACAGGUUUUUUUGUUUAUAAAAUAAGAAAAAGACAGAAUCUGAUUGCAAAACACCUUAACAAUGAUUUAUUGAACUUUUUCUGAAUUAGUGGGAAAGUGAAAAUUACACUCAUGGAAUUACAAAUGGCAUCACAGUUAAUGCUAAAAUAAUCCUUUGGCAUAAGAUAAUGCAUUGAGCUACAAUGUUUGUAAAACAGUUGUGAAUCACUAUGGAAUGUGGUACUUUUUUCUACCAGUCACAAUUUGCAGAAAUGUAUUUUCUUUGAAGUGUAAAUGCCAAACCCCCAGUAAUUCCGGAAGUAAACAUUUUGGGAUGCAAAGACACUUUUUGGAGUGGUUUGCUUGCUCUAGAUCACAUUCAUUUGAAGACUAGUAAUUGCAGCUACCAAAACAUUUUCAUAACAAGCAAAAUGAAAUAUCACAUGUGCGGUUUUGAAAGAAACACACAAUACAGCAAACAUCUCAAACAUGCAUUUUCAUUGUAAGACAUGUGCUACUUGACUAGGUUAAAUGAAGCUCUUGGGGACUUCCUGGAUCAGUUCAGCCCAACAGUUUCUUACUAACUGAAAGCAUGUCAGUGAAUAGAGGAAGCUGCUGAUUGGUUAUUGACAUGGAAGACUGGUGUUGAGUGUUAUUAUACUUAAUGUGCAAGGCUAACCUUCAUCCUUUUCUGAUACAAUUGUGUACUUGUAUAUAUCAUGCAGAAUGAUUUGCAAAUUAAGUGCAUUGUAAUUAUGUGUAAUAACAUUGUAAUUAUGUGUAAGUACAGAUGUAUUUACUAGGUAGCUACUAUGUAAAUACAUCAUAAUUUGAGACACAAUGUAAAGAAAUGUAAAUGUAAUUUAUCUAAAAACUUCACAAUUCAUUAUCACAGUUUCUGAGGAGGGAUGUCAUUUUUCUAUUCAGCUGCUUUAUGCAGUGCUCUACCUAAUUACUGCAAAUAGAAUUUAAAACAAUUUGUUUUGGUAUUUCAUUUUGUAAAACGAAGUGAACGUUCCAUUCUUUUGGGAACUUAAAAUACUGUUGUGUGUUUUUGAUAUUUUUUUGGUGAAAUGUUUAAACUGUACAUACUUCAUUGCAUAGUGCUGCCGUUUAAUUAAUGUUAAUUUAAAAAUCAAUAAAACUGUAUUACUGUAAUGCUUUCAUGUUGUAGUUCUUUGUUUAUUGUUCUAAAAAGUUAUAAAAACUUCAUUGUAUACAUUGGAAAAAAAGCUAUGACAGAACCGUUAGCAGACUGCACCAUUAGCAGCUAAUAUGUUCUUUGGGUAUCCUUGCAGAUCUUUACUAAACUAAAAAGGUGUCUGUGGCAGAAAGCCCUUUUUCACUGGACAGCACAUGUAAUGGAACUAUGAAAAUCAUAGAACACAGCUGUGUAUCAACUGCAUCAAAUUUCAUAAAUUGUACCCAUUUUGCACCUCUAGUGACACAGGUCUCAAUUGUGCAGUUUUGAAAGACACACGUGUUAUAGCAAACAUGUAUUUUCAUUUUAAAACAGGAUAUGUGGUCCUACAGGCCUAGACAGUGCAAGUGCAAACUGAUUUCUUUCUUUUACCAAAUGUAAUUGUUUA